AUAAGAUCCAAAAUGUGAAGCCAGUAAAAAAAAAAAAUUCAAACACGAGGCCCAUAGAUUCAAAACAAAGCACCGUCCCUACUGCUCUCCUGAAAUUGUCCAACGUGUCACUUCAAUAUUGGCUCAUACUUUUUCCAGACCAAAAACACUUUCUCCCCUGCCAAAGCCAAAAUGAUUCAAAAAGCCAAAUGUGCCCCUUGUGACCCAAAGCUGAAGGUGAGGCCGGAACAAGAUGAAGAUGACAGUGGUUCAGUUCAAUUUUUAGAGUCUUUCUCCAGCCAAGAGAAGGAAAAUCAAUGGGAUUCUGAAUCUCCCCCUAUAAUUGCCAGAGUGACCAAUGCUAAUUCAAUUUCAGUUCCUAAAGGUUAAUUAUUUCUCUUCUACAUACCACAUUUUAAAUCUUGUUGUUAUCCAAUUGCUUGAAUUUUCGAGUAAAGCGGUUCUUGACAUGUUACUGUGACCUUUUAACUUGUAUGACUUAUGUACUUCACUCUGCACAUUGAAUUCGUGGACAUGUUAGAAAUUAAACUCACAUUAUAGGUUAAUUCUGUGCUUUUUCUUAACCAUAAUUGUGAAAUGCAUUUUGACUGAGAUGAAUAACCAGAAGAACAAUGGUGAGGAGAGAAAGUUAAGUGGAAAGCAGCUUCAGUUCCCCACCCUCGUGCUGUUUUGUCUAGUCCUGGUAAUCUGAAUUUCAGUUGUUUAACCUGUUUCUUCUUAAUUAUCUAUGAUUGUUUGCGGGAUUGAGAUGAAUCUUCCACCUUGAUAAGAAAUGAACCAUAUUGAUCGUGAGCAUAGGCUUUGUUGAGUAAAGGAUUGACGUAGUAGUUCUGAAUGAUGUCAUGUCACUACUUCCAGCACUGAGAAUAAAUAUUGAGUCCUUGAUAAUGGAUGCAGAUUUGUUACUUCCAGCUAACUUUGCUCACUUUUUCUGUUACUCCUUGUAAUACUUCGAUUGCUGUGACAAUGGGAUAGCAUGCUGCAAAAUACAAAAAUUGUUUGACA